AUGGCUCCCGUCGUUGUCUUCCAGACCUUGGCCUACACCGGUCCAGACCAGCUGUCCGCAUCGCUAGUUGACCAGAUCAAGCAGCAAGAUGGCUUCAAGCGGGCAUUCUUUGGGCCGAAGAUCGAGGAUCGGACCAAGGGUGUGCUUGCUACCGAAUGGUCCUCGACCGCCGCAGCCUUGGCCUAUCGCUCCUCGAACCUCGUUGCGAGCGACGAGCAGCUCGCCAUCGAGCUCGCCUCGCCCGGUCUCUCGGAGCCCUACGGCCAGACCCUGGACGCACCUUGCACCGAGUUGUUCACAGCGUACGGCAUUGAGGAUGUUUUCGUAGAGAACACGGGUAAGUUCUUGGGCCUUAUCAAAGAGACAGAGGGCUUCCUCGGCGCCCAGUUCGGCGAGGCAGUCGGCCGCGGCGAGGGUGAGGAGAGGGCCGCCAGGGUUGUGAUUGGCUGGAGACAGAAAGAAGACCAUGAUCGCAGCAAGGCGGAUGCGGAGAGCGCCAUCAUGAAGAACAUCGGCCUGAUCCGACAGGGCCGCAAGGCGGGGGAUUUGUUCCAUGUGGAAUUCAAGCAGCUCUGA